CUUCCUACUAAUUCAAUGGUCAGAGAUACCUCGGUAAAAAUGAGUUGGUCCACUGGAGAAAAACCAACACCCGCGAUGAUGGGAUCCGACUCCAAGAAAGGGAAUACUGUUGGUCAACACCCAAAGAAAACCAGAGGAAAUGCGACACUGAAGUCAAAGCCUGGAAGGAUUACGGAAUCUGGAUCACAUAUGAGCAACUACCAAGCCUCGAGUCCAAAGUCCAAAGCCCAGGCUUCACCAGCUGUUGGUCCCCUGACCCCCGGGAUAUACAACCCAGGUGUUACUUCUGCCUUCACAUUCUCUUUGUUUGAAUUACCCAGAGAACAUAAAGACAAGAAUGACACAAUGAAGAAGAAGACGACUGUAAUCAAGAAAAAAUCCAAGAAGGCUAAAUGUUAAAGUUCUGUACCAAA